AUGAAAUCCAUCGGCUUGGAGCCGCUCCAAGGCCUUGACAGGGCCAGCAGUGACAAGGCCAGAUGGGCCCCGGCCAAGCGGCGAGGGCCGGAGCCCCGCGGGGACACCGCUGCCAGCGGCCCCGAGGGCAGCAGGGGAACGGGGGCGCUGGGAAACCCCUCCCCCGCAACGGGAUUCGGCUUCCGACGUCCCCCAGGAGCAGGGCUGGUGGCCACCAGCGGGGGUGGUGGCACCGUGGCCACCACGGGGUGGAGCCCGCCAGAGGGCGCGCGCGGCUCCGCCCCGCCCCCGCGCUUUUCCGAGUCCUCCCGGCCGACAGGGGGCGCCGCGCGCAGCCCCGCAGCCUCCCCGGCCGCGCUGCCGGCCGCGCCUGCGCACACGGAGCGGCCGCGACCUGCCCGGCGGAGCCCGCCGUGUCCCACGUGUGUCCCUCCAGCCGUGUCCCGCACGUGUCCCUCCGUCCUCGCCAUGUUCACCUGUGCAAAGUUCGUCUCCGCUCCUGCGCUUGUGAGGAGGAGCUCACGGGUGCUGGGCCACCCCCUCUCGGCCGCGGCGCUGAGCAGCCCCGAGGCCCGGCCGGAGCAGGUGUGGCCGGGAGCCCCGCGGGCCCUGCGGACAAGCGCUGCCCACCGGGACAUCGACACGGCCGCCAAGUUCAUCGGCGCUGGCGCUGCCACCGUGGGGGUGGCUGGGUCCGGGGCCGGCAUUGGCACUGUGUUUGGGAGCCUCAUCAUCGGCUACGCCAGGAACCCCUCGCUCAAGCAGCAGCUCUUCUCCUACGCCAUCCUGGGAUUCGCCCUCUCUGAGGCCAUGGGGCUCUUCUGCCUCAUGGUGGCCUUCCUCAUCCUCUUCGCCAUGUGACAGAGCGGCUGGCGGUGACAGCGACGGAGCCGUGACCAGGGACGGUGGCCCCGUGCCUGGCCAGGAAUGCCGGGGGAGCCUCGGCCCCACCGCGGCCAGGCAGGGAAUAAAGACGGUUUGGUGACA